GUCCAAUAGUUUUGUUGGUAUCUUUGAAAUCCUGGGUGAACACAAAAUAAAUUACAGUAGACGUUCAAAACGUCAUUGGUUUAGAUUUUACAUCUAACGUCGAGUCAUCACAUCAAGCUAUAGAGAUUCUUUGUUAAAGCCAAUGGAACUCUGCAAAAUUAAACCUUGAGAGCUAUAAUCUAGAUUUGCGGUCACAAGAUAAGUCCUAAUUUUCAAUUUGAAAAUGCCAAAGGAGUAAUUUUGAUGCAGCGCUACAUUACACUCAAAGAAGAGAAGAACAAAACCUUUUCGAAGGCCAAGGACAAAUGCAAUACCAUGGGAAAACACAAAGGCAAUUUCCGUCUCAUACAUCACAUCUUGACAUCAACGUAGACAAAGAAGUUGGCUUUUCGUACGCUCUAGAUGGCAACUUUGGGCCCAAGAAAGGAUUGUCCACCUUAAAGAUAACGAAUAAAGGAGUUGAUGCCGAAUAUCAAUAUGCGAAGAUAAGAAACAAUGCACAAAUGUGCAGUUGCAAUCGAUUGUAUCACAAAAUAGUCAAGAAAUCGAUUCAUCACAAAAUUCAUUACUAAUUGUUAUUGAUUUGCGUGAACUUGGUUAUCCAUACGAAUUUGAAUUCCAAUCAAAGCUAUUCGUCAAGGACUCAAUGCACUAUAGCUUAGAAUCGCAGAUUGUUUCAAAUAAUAACUUGAAAUAUAUGUUAGUUGCUGAUAUCCAGCCAACAAAUUCUAACGUUCAAUUAAAAUUACCUCAAGAGAACUCUUACUAGAGGUGAAGCAGCAAUUCCAGAACAGGGAAAUUUUUGGACAUUAUGAAAAUUCUUCUAGCCUUCUUCUUUGACAAAACGAAUAACCAAUGACGUCACACGUAUUAAAGCUGUUGCAGAUAUAACUGGUAACGAACUCACGGCUAUAAAUUUAUUAGUGAAAUCAAAUUUGAACAUCCAACAAUUCGCCCAUUGGCAAUUUCGAGCAAAGUUGACGCUAACCGCCAGCAACAAAGUGUAAACAGUGAAAUCGUUUUCGAUAUAUUCCGCUUACCGAGCAAAAGAUCAUAGGUUCCUUUCGAACGAAAACACGCACAAGAAACAGCUUUAAUAUUACAACUUCGAAUCGCUAUACUCCACAAAGCUAGGAUUUAAUUACGAAUUCAGCGGCCAUACCGACUUAAUGUAGACUUGCAAAUAUUCAACUCAGCGCAACUUUACAUAGUGGUGCCUCAGAUUUGAAGGUCUCAGCGAAUGUUCUACGCCACAAAGAUCACUGUGAUUUGGCCGUUUAUAUUCUAAAUGAGCCCAUUACAGGUGCUGCGAUUGACUACAAUCACCAGAAAUACGCUUUAAUACUAACAGUAAAUUGCUACUUUUCAGCCAGUCUCCGAUCGAGCUCAUAACCGAUUUUCAACCAACGCAAAUGAAAUUUAUUGCUAAACGUAAAGGUCUUAUUGAUCUCAACGCCGAUGUACAACUUGGCAAAGAAAUUAACCUUAAUUUACAAGGCACCGACAAACAAUUGUUCAGGGGCCGUAUUGCGCUAGAUGCACCGUACUUCUUGCAGACCUCUUAUUCCAGUAACAACGAAGAGAUAAAAACAUUUUUGAAUGUUGUCGAAUCUGAGACCAAAAAGGAUACAGAAGCAACAGUUCAGAUAAUAAAAAACAAAUUCAAAUAUAUACGCGAAACUGUCGACCAACAAGCGAAAUUAUUAAAAGAUAGUACACCCGAUCUUUCGCAACUGAAGAGCAACUAUGAAGCGAACAUCAACGAAAUCGCUCAUGCAUUAGAGAACGAUCCAGCUUUAAAACAGAUCAGCGAAAGCUAUAAAAAAAUGUACGCUAAAUUGACAAAAAUUGCUGGAGAUUUGUCGAAGAGUGUUGCCGAAUCCUAUGAGAACUUAUAUAAAUCCGUUGCAGAAUUUUAUAUAAAAUUAGAAUCUACACUAAGAGAAACAGUGUUGCCAGCAUGGGAAGACCUGUUGGUCACCACUUCUAACCUUCUUGGCGACUUGCGCGUACAAUUAGUGAAUUUAAUCACUGAAUUAGUCCAAGAAAUUUGGAUUGCUUUAGAACAAUAUGGACCAGCACUGAAAAAUUGGGAAAGCCAUUAAUGACUCAUUGAAACCUUUAAUUGAAUCUUUCGAAGAACUUGUCAAAGCAGCAGCCGAUGCAGUUAAAGACGUAUUUGAGGAACUCAGUUAAUAUUUAACGAAACUAUCAUCCCUUGAUGAACUGCAUAGUGAACUGAAAGAGCAAGUGAAAAGUUGAGACUUGUAGAGAACGCUUUACAAUUAUUGAACGAUCUCUUGACCACUGCAUAUUUUACCAUUGACGCCAGAAUCAAUCGAAUUCAUAGAAAAUUGCGGAAUACACAGAAGCUAAGCUAACUAACAAUCCAGUAAGUGAUGAGCAAGUAUUACAAGAACUAACAAAACUCUUGGUGAGAGCUCUACGUUCCAUUUGAUUAACUGAACGUCAACUCGCCUGGGAUCAACUGAAAUUUCAGACAAUAUAAUUACUUCUCUUAGGUAUCACAUUAGAAUCAUUUGACGUUAUUGAAACUACCAAGUAUAUAUUCCGCUUCAGUGUCUUGAAUUUCUUAUUAAAUGAAAACUGGGAAAAGAUUGUUAGCGAAAAAUACCUUAAGUCAUGGAUUUUCUUCAAUGAUUUUUAUCUACACGGCCACAUUGCGGAUGGUCAUCAAAUCUUCACAUUUGAUGGUCAGCAUUACUCCUUCCCAGCUUCCUGGCAAGUACAUAUUGGCUCAAGACAGUGUUGACAAUAAUUUUACUGUCGUCGCACACCUUAACAAUGGCAAGCUUAAAUUUAUUACAUUAACGAUCGUGACGGUGAUUUCCUGAAAUUUCAGAUCAGGUGCUUUAAAAAUCAAUGGUAAAGAAACUGAGUUCCUCAACAUUUUAACGGUAUUCAUGCUUGGGUUAUUCUACACCAUCUGGUUAAAUUCGGAAUAUGUGUUGAAAUUAUGUGCACUCAGGAUUUGAAGAAUUUGCAAUGUUAAAGUAGAUGGUCAAAGCAAAAGCGUGGUCCUAGGCAAUGGAAAUGCAGAGCCAUACGACGAACGGAUGUAAUGUAGAAGAGUAGAUGGAUCGAAUGCACCGAUAACUGCAAAACCGGCACAUGCAAUCGCUCGUUCAGAAAUUUGCUCGGAGAUAUUUAGUUUAGAGUCUCCCUUAACGACAGGCUAUAUCUUGAAAUCCGCCAUAUCGCGCGAGGUGUGAUGCCGCUUCACUGAGGCUUCCGAAAGGAAAAGAAUCCGCAUGUCUAAUAGCUACUGCUUAUGGCUCACCUUGAAUAUUAAAGAGAUUUCCAACUCAGUUACCAUCUCGUUGCUUGAAAUGCGCUGGUGCUACUGGACAACGUGAAUUAGGCCAGGAGUUCACUGUUAAAAUACCAAACAGUAAGGCCGAUAUUGUUUUCGUUGUCGACCUUGACAUUAAUUUGACUGUGCUUCGCAACUUGGUUGCGCCUGCAAUAUUGGAGGUACGUGACUCACUAAAAACACGUGGUUUCACUGAUGUGCAAAUAGGAGUAAUUGCUUAUAAUGAGUCUCAACUUUAUCCAGCUGUGUUAACUAGUGACGGUGGAAAAAUAAUUAUCAAGGCAAUUUAGACAAUGUUCACUAAUGCCCAAAGAACAUUUGCUUACACUGCGUCUCACAGGAGGUGGCGGAUCCGAAGGUUGUCGAAAUAUUCAAGGGCAUUGAAUCACUCUUCAGAAGUAUCGUACCACAAUCAGACGAAAAGGCGUUCAGAUUAGCACUCAAUUAUCCAUUCCGUGCCGGAUCUGCAAAGAGUAUUGUUGGGGUCCGUAGCAGUACUUUGGACUUCGUCAAUUUGUUCAAAUUGGUACGAGCUCACUAAUCCGAUGCAGCCACAAAUUUCAAUGGGGCUUUGUUACACCUGAUCGGUCCAGUUAAUGACCUAUCUUUGGAAAACAUUCCUAAAGAGAAACUAGUCGGGUUUAACUCUCGUUUGAUUGCUACAUUAGACGGAAAAGAUGCCAAAAAACGUCAAAAACUGCAAUUCGGAAAUGAUAUUGGCAUCGAUUUUGUUCUCAACAAUGGUGGUUGGAUCUUCACAACAGAAAACUUCGAUCAACUGAAACCUAAUGAACAGAAAAAGGCUCUUAACCAAGUGGUAAACACGUUAGCGGAUACACUUUUCAGGACAGAAAUAAUUAGCCAGUGUGAAUGUGAAGUGGCACACGGUUUGCAUGCCCAGCAUCGGUGUGUAAUUAAAUCGUCCAAUUUCUUGCCGACCAAAAAGGUCAAGGCGAACUAGAUUGAUGAUAUACUAUUUAAACUCAAAUCAAUAUCUACAAAUGAAAACAAUACAACUAAAAAUACUGAUUUCAAUAAAAAUAGAAGAACCAAAAGCAAAAAA